AAUAUAACCUUAAAAUACAAAAACAUCCCCCAAGACUUAAGGCCUCAUUCUAUUUCUCCUUAGUCACAAAAAAGCUAUUAAUCACACAAACCGCAAUUAUUUACAAUUUAAUACCCUGUUCCUGCAUCUUGCUUCCUAUGAUGUUGUCAUGGUGGAUCAACUCAUUUCCUGUUCUUGUUUCUCUUGUAAACCAGAGACGAGUGUAUCAGACUAUGAUCAUGACGGUGGUUGGUGGGGCUCCGCUGCUGGCUCUCAACUGGCUGGGCUGCCUCCUGUGUCUGAGGUGGAAGAAGAGACAGGCCAGACAGGUAACCAUGGCGAUACCAUGGUCAAGGUUGUGUGACUGUUUUCUUCUGCAUCUCAGUCUCAGAAACCUCUGCCCAAGUCACCAAAGAGUUGAGCCUGAAUCUUAAUGCAACUCUCAUUUCUUUCUUUUUCUUUCUUUCUUUCUUUCUUUCUUUCUUUCUUUCUUUCUUUCUUUCUUUCUUUUUUUUUUUUUUCUUUUUUUUUAUUUCUUUUUUCUUUCUUCUUUUUCUUUUUUUUCUAACUUUUGUUCUCUGUGCCCUUAUCUUUAUUUCCUUUUCCCUCCAAACAUCCCCAUCUGCCCCUCCUUCCCUCCGCAACCCUCCUCCAAGGCUGUCACUUCUUCCCUCUAUCUUUCCCUUUAUCUAGUUUAUGUUUUUUUUGUACCGUUCUCCCCCCCCCCCCUCUUUCUUUUUCUUCUCUCCUCUCUCUCUUCCCCAAAUUCAAUUCAAUUCAAUUUAAAUUAAAUUUUAAAGGGCUUUUUUGGCAGGGGAAAGUUUUUAACAUUGCAAAGCAAGUAAAGUAGAUAAAACCCAAAAGGAAAUAAAAAUAAAUAUUAACAGUAAAUACACUCAAAAGUUCCAAAAGAAUAAAGACAUUUCAAAUUUAAUUAUGUUAUAUACAGUUUUUUGUAAAAAAGUGAAAAGUUAAAGUAAAAAGGGGAAAAAAAAGAACAUAAAUAUGGGUUUUUUUACAAGGGGUUUUUGUUCUUAAAGGUCCCCCCUUUUUCUGGGGAAAAGGGUCACAAACUUGCAGCUUUGAUGGCACCUGUGGUUUUUUCCAGUAGAUAAGGGAGUUUUUCAAAAUUUGGGUUUGUUUUCGAAUUUUUUUGGGACGCGAAUUGAGGGAAUAGGGUUUUCUAAUAUGGUCAAAUUUUGGGAGGAGGUUUUUGGAAGGGCAGCUCAGUUCCACCCAUUUGUGGGCAGUUGGACUAGCUUAUCUUUUAGAGCCCGGUUGCCUACGGGGCCUCUCAAUAGCAAGGGGUAUGCCUCUCUCCUCUUCUCCUCUCUCCCUUUCUCCCUCAUUCUUUUUCUCUCUGUUUUCCUCAGUUUUGUUCCCCGCGACGUCAAGUGCCAUUCCAUACUGUCACUCACUUCUCCUCUUAAAUUUCCCAAAACCACCUCUUCCUAUUUUUUACAUCCUUUGUCAGACCUUUUUAGUUUUUUUAAAGGCCCCCUCCAUUUCAAUCCCCACUCAUUCAUCCCCCACCCUCUCUCUCUCUCUCUCUCUCUCUCUUUCUCUCGCCCUCACUUUCUCUCCCUUUCUCUCACUCUCCCUCCCUCUCUUCUCCAGAGAGUAAAGGCAGUGUUUCAGAUGGGAAGAAGAGUGAAGGAGAUGGGUGAGUCAUCAUCUUAAUCUGUCUCUGUGAGUCCAGACUAGCCAGCACCCAGUCCAGUCCAGUGGGUACAAACAAAUGACUAUACGUCCAAUCCCCUCACAGAGGCCUAAGCCCUGCCCUACUGACAGACAACACCCAGCACCCACAACAGCAAAAUUACAGGACCCUUUGACAGACAAAAGUCUCCCGUUUUGUAUGAUGUCAUAUAGCAACAAAAGAGUAAAAUGUACAGUAGACGAUGUCAAAUAGCAGACGCUCCUGUCAGUGUGAAUUUGCAAUUAGGGGGCAAAGCAACAACGCAAAUACAGGUGUCACAUCUGAAAAUAAUUAAAAUGUAAUACGCCAUAUGGCAUUGACAGGGCUAUGCUCUUGUGCACUGUACUGAACUGUACCUGUCUUUGUAGGUAGCUAUUUUCUCCCUGAGGAUUAAAAAAGAGUGACAUACGACGUGUGGGUGGGUGAUGGGAUGGAGGGUGUUGAUUGGAUGAUGUUGAUAUGCCUUAAUUUAAAAAAGGGAAAAUAAAGAAAUAAAAGAGUAAGAUGGGAGGAUGUGAGUGGGUGGUUGGGGAGUUGGGAUGUGAUGCUGUGUUUUCUAAUAAAAAAAUAUACAGAAAAGUAAAAAAGAAUGGAGGAGGUUAGACGCUUCGUUCUGUCUGUCAUAUCCAGGUCCACUGUGUCCACUGCCAGCGGCUCCAUCAGGUAUGAAGACAGAGAGCUGGUGAAUCCUGCGGCCCAGCGCACCCUCCUCAUCGACAACGGAUCAGAACCAGACAGCAGCGUCUACGAGAGCUACGCUGGGGUGAGAUGAGAGAGAGGGAGGAGGUGGGGAGAAAGGGGGGGGGGGGGGAGAGAGGAGGCGGAGGACAGGGGGAGGGGAGAAGAGAGAGGAGAGAGAGGGCUGGGAGAAGACAGAGGGGGAGAUAAUAGAGAGAGUGAGAAAACACGAGUGGUGGAUGAAGGGGUGAGAAGAGGAAGGUGACAAAAUAAAGAGACAUAAAGGGAGGGGCUUAGAGAGGAAUAGGAGAAGAAUAAAGGGAGAAAACAGGAGGGAUGACAGUUGGGAGGAUGCUAGCAGACAGAGGUGGAGAGGUGAGCAGAAAAGGAAGGAUUAAGGAAGGGGGAGAUCGGUCAGAAGAGAGGAAGUGGAGGAGUCAGGCAUAACGAGGGAAACAGAGGAGAGAUAAACGAAAUAAACAACGUUGGCUGUUCUUAGAGUAGGAAAGGGAGAUCGAUAGCCCACAAUUAGCUUUCAAAAUACACUUAGAUCCUGGUGAAAUUGCACAUUGUAAAAGGCCAAUAAGGCUUUGAACCCUGCAGAAAAAUGUUAAGUAGAAUAUACCAACACUGGCAGAAAGAGAGUAUUGUUAGAAUUGGCUCUAAUGCAAGCAAAUUCUCCUCAGAGAUGUUAGCUAACCUUGAGUUAUAGAACAAUACAUCUAGUCUAGGCUACAAAAUAUACUGUUUGUCAGGUAUCUCUCUCCAGAGUCACCAUGUACAUUAUAGCAUCUGUCUCUGUUUUUCACCUAUGGUCUUUGUCCUCCCAGGAGAGCUCCCACUACUACUACCCCACCAGUGACUACUUCCCCUCUCUCUACACCCACCCCGAGGGAACACAAGGGUCAGGUGAGAGAAACCAAAAUACUACUAUGAAUAAUACAUCACAAGAGCAAAAACAGAGACAUUUCUCUGUUUAACUUCAAAUUAACUCUUUGGCUCUCUUUUUCAAGAUGGCCACCGCUACCCUCUAGAGCCCAUAGGCCAUGAGUAUGAGGAGGUGAGAGACUGGGGCAUGUAUCAGGAUGUGCUGGGGUUGUCGCUCCCACUGCCUCUUUCCCAGUUUGACCCCAGGUUACCAGAGCAGAGGGGAGAGUGGAGACCACCACCACCCAGUUACCCUCAGGUCAGCACAACCCCACUGGGAUAAAGUACUAGUUAUUGAUCCCCUGUGGGGUGAUGACUCUUAUGGUUUCACAUAUUGGACUAGAUGUGUUUUCUCAGCUUGAGUUUUUUCCAAAUAACAUUGGAUGGGAAGUUUUGCCUCAAAAUUACUUAAAGUUAGGAUUUGGCCUACAGUGCUGUAUACUAUUGUCAUGUCUCUCACCUUCCUGACAUAGCUUCCCUCUCCAACAGGGAAGUGGGAGGGGCAUGACUUCCCCGCAGCAGCCAAUCAGAAGGAAGGAUCCGGUGGUUGAGCGACGCCCAGAGAGAAACAACUAUGAUUUACCUUUUGAGCUCAGAGGACAGUUAGUUUAGGAAGCUUAUGCCUUGAUUCCAGAAUGUGGACAAUACCUCAGACUAAAAUACAAACUCUUAGUGCUGUGCUGGUAUUGAGUACUAUAUGAAUAGGAAGCCUUUCAACUGAUCAAAUCUUUACUACCAAAAGGUAUGGUAUUUACAGUAGGUGAUGUUGUGGGACAGUCAAUCAAUACAAACUAGGCCUACCAUCGAUCCAAAGACCUCAAAGAUGUAAAAUGUAAAAGAUGAAGCAAGAAAACAUACAGAUUUUUUAGUAACAGUUGACUAUACUCUACUGUACAAAUAUAUAUAUUCUAGUCCUAGGCUUAACUGAUACACAAUUCCACCAUGCUUCCAGUGUAUUUUAUACACAUACAUGUCAUAUCCAAAAUAUUUCUCUAAGGGCCUUUACUAGAAAUGUCACUCCAGCAAGAUGAGAGAUGAAGAGGAAGAGGGAAAGACAGAGAAAAUUACAGUAAACUUCAAUCAAGUUUGCAGUCGUGUGGUGACACAGGUUUCCCUCCCUCCUCCCCAGACCAUCUUCCUACCCCAAUGCCCCACUUCCCUCUCCUCCUCUCUCCCACCCUCCUCCUUUCCACUGCUAUCCUCCUCUCUCCCAACCUCCUCCCUCCCACUCUGCUCUCCUCCUCUCUCCCAACCUCCUCCUUUCCACUGCUCUCUUCCUCUCUCCCACCUGCAGACCCUGCACUCAGACAAGCAGAAAGACAGACAGGUAGACAGGGACACAGACAUUCAAGGUAGACAGGGAGACAGUCAGACAUCCGCUGGCACUGUUGGGCCAUACGUGAAGCAGGACUCGCAGCGCCGCCCAAGAAGAAACCAUCUUCCAUGCGCCUGCUUGCCACGGGCACCUUGCCAUUUUGAACAAUCUGCUUGUCUGUGACACACGUCCCUCACAGCGGCAGACGAAGCCUGGGAUUAUUACAACCCCUGGUCACUGUCCAAAUCUCCUCCACCUCCCUCCCCCUCAACCACCUUUCCCUCCUUCUCCCCCCAACCUCCUCCCCACUCCUCUGAAACAAAGAGACCCUGAGCCCUCCCAGUGCGCCCCUCCAGCCCUGGGGUGA